UGGCUAAAGAUAGCCCAGUUCUCAUAUAAUAUCAAACAGUCAUCAGCUACAGGAAAAGCACCAUUUGAGAUUACAAGGUUGUACUUCCCCAGAAUGGGUGUAGAACCUGGCAAAAGCAAAAAUGAGGCUGCUGGAAAUAUGGUCAAAGACAUGAAGUCUGUGUUAGAUGAAACGCACAAGGCACUAUUUAAAACUGUAGAGCAGAUGGAAGACAAGGCAGAGCGUAGACACUCUAAGGCCCCUAAUUACAAGGUCAGCAACCUGGUUUGGUUGGAUACUGACCACUUGAAAUUAAAUGAUUAA